AUGGCUCUGGCUGGCUAUUCACCAGUCUAUUGUAACGCCUGCUUGAGGAGGCUAGACUGGGAGCACAAAGAGGCCCUGGACUACAUCAACGCCUUUCUAACGAGCAAUGAACAGGACGAGGCCAAGAACCUCAAGUUCUUGGAUUCCAUCAGCAGCCUCAGAAGCCUGCCUGCUUUUAUGGACCAAGUCCUGCUAGUAGAGAAGAUAACGGAGCUGAUUGAUCACGAGUCCGUCGACUCCCUGACCGGCGUGAUGCGUCAGCAAGCAAUGCUCGCCAUCAUGAAGCUGAGCAAAGUGAAGCUAUCGGUGUGGCUCCUGACACGACCCAGGCUGCUCACCACCUGCUUCUCCAGCAUCUUCUCCCUGCCUCCAGCACACACCAUGGAGGAGGUGGAGGCUGCUCUCUACACCAAAGCGCUGAAAACCAUGGAUGAGAUGCUGAAGGCCUUGGUGUGUGAGGAUAAGGAGCCCAACCUUGUGGUGCUGCAAAACAUCGUGAAGGAAGUGGAGGAGUUCAGCGUCCUGGGCCAGCUGGUGGGGUGUCUCACUCUGUGCCGUGCGGAGCAGGAGCAGGAGAUCUGCCAAUCGGCUGUGGAGGGACUUCGCCACCUCUACUCCUUCAUGCUGCAUCUAAAAUCUGAAAUUCUGAGGAAGCUCGGUGCAGAGUAUCGGCAGAUCCUCAAGAACAGUCAAGUUGAGACAGCCUUCUGGGUCACCAACACCAGAAAUAUCACAUUGAUUUUUGGGAAGUACUUGGAGCCGUCUGAAGGCAUGGACUUUCUCCUCACUGCUAUCGGCGGCAUGAGAGACUCCAGCGUCCAUGGCGCGGUGGCGACCAGGAACAUGCUGCAUACGAUCCUGGAGGUUCCCGGCCUCCGCUGGUGGAGGAUGUCAGAGGCUGUGAGGAGCAUUUAUAACCACCUGGACUCCAUCAGCGAGCCACUUGCCCGGCAGGAGCUGCGCAGGGCCCUUCUCCUGCUGGGCUACCGGUUCAGCGAGGAGGUGGUCGGAACCCUGCUGGGCUGCUCACGGUCAUGUGACAGUGUUGCUGCGGAGAUGUGGAAGAUGCUGACAUCCCAGCCCAACACCUCAAGAAAGAUCCUUGGGGAGCUGGUCAGCAGGCUGCAGGAGCCGGCUCGGCGACGGUAUCAGCUCUCUGAGAGACCGGCUGGCUUCCCCCCCUUGGCCAACUUGGCUCAGACAUCCUGUGUCUCCCACUGA